UCUGUGGUUGUAAUGGCGGAAUGUGAAUUUUUUGUGUAGCGUCAGGGGAGGGUUUGUAGAUGUUUAGUUGAUUGUUUGUUUUUAGUAUCUGUGGGUAACAGUGGCAGCUGUCUGUAGAGUGUCUUAUUAAUGAUAGGUAUAUGCUGUGUCGCAACAUGUUUAAUACUGGUCUGGAUAAACUAAACGCCUGUACCCACACUAGAUCUUAACCUAUACGUACUGUCCUUUCUGUAAUUCUCAGUGGCAGCGUGGUUACAUUGUAGCAGAGUGUUUGUAACGUGGUUCAGAAUUAAAUGUUGUUUUGUGUUGUACGCUGUGUGUGUAUGAAGAAUAAAAGAUCUUGAAAUUCCCAGUAUUGGAAACAUGGAUCCGUCGUACAAUCAACGAUUGGCGGGACCAGAAAAUCAGUUCCUUCUAAAUGAUGUUGUUCCAGGGAAUGGAAUGACAGCUAGGGGGUCACGGAAGUUACCUACAGGAGCAGAAGGUUAUGAAAAGCAGCCACUGUUUGAAAGAGCAGGCAGUGCUGAGCCUGUACGGUUGACUCCUGCAUGGGAAGAGACAAAUCUGCCCAACGAUGAGCUUAACUUCAAGGGUGUCACAAUGGAAAGAGCAGAUCUUGAGAUGAAUCCACCAAUAGACAGAUUAAAGCUGGUAUACCUAACGUUUGUUCUCCAUGGAGUGGGGACACUUAUGCCAUGGAAUAUGUUCAUCAAUGCUAAAUCUUAUUUUGUGGACUACAAAUUAGGAAAGGCAUACCUUGGAACUGAAUCUGUGUAUGCUUCUAAUUUUUUGGCAUAUGUUGGUUUUGCUGCACAGGUUCCUAAUUUGCUAUUCAAUUGGUUAAACAUCUUUAUCACAAUAAGAGGCAACUUGACAACACGUAUUGUGUGGAGUAUUUUUGUCGAAGUUCUUGUUUUUAUUGUCACAGUCAUUUUUGCCAUGUCAGAUACAUCAUCAUGGCCAGGACCAUUUUUCUUUGUGACAAUGGUCACCAUUGUGUUGCUGAAUAUGGCUGGUGGCAUCUACCAGAACACUGUUUAUGGAAUGGCAGCUAAAUUACCUUUUAAAUAUACAGGGGCAGUUAUUUUGGGAGCUAACAUCAGUGGUGCAAUUUCAUCAAUCAUCAACAUAAUGUCAUUGGCAAUGGCACCAAAUGUGAGGACAGCUGCCAUUUAUUACUUUAUUACAGCCCUCUUCAUUUUGUUGGCAUGUUUUGAUACCUACUUCGCCCUUCCUUUGAAUAGAUUUUAUCGUUACCAUGAGCUUCUAGCUCAAAAAGAACAACAAAGCAAGGAGUGUCAGGCUGUUGGCAGAGCAUCACCACAUGUGCCCUACUUUCAGAUUUUCAAACAGUGUUUCCCACAGCUUUUCAACGUGUUUUUCGUUUUCUUUGUGACGUUGUCUGUUUUUCCAGCUGUUCAUUCAGAUAUCAAACAGAGUGAUCCAGAUUUUAUCAUCAGUGAGAAGUACUUCACUGAGGUUACGUGUUUCUUAACAUUCAACGUUUGUGCCAUGCUUGGAAGCUUGUUGUCCGCUGUUUUCACGUGGCCCAAGCCUAAGCAUUUAAUUUUUCCUGUGGUACUGAGAGUUUUAUUUAUUCCAUUCUUUAUGGUGUGCAAGUACGAACCUCAGAAUAGAAUUCGCCAGUUUCCAGUAUUCAUCCAUAAUGAUUGGGUGUAUUGGGUAGCAAGCAUGCUGCUUGGUAUUUCCAGUGGGCAUCUCAGUGCACUUGCUAUGAUGUACUGCCCAAGGUGUGUGGAGCCACAGUACGCGUCAACAGCUGGCAUGUUUGGUGCAGCUGUGCUGAUAACUGGAAUUUUCUCUGGUAUCAUUUUUACACUUGCCUUACCAGAGUUUGUUGUUGGAGUUCCUUGGAACUUAUGAAUAUUUAUUACUUUAAUACUGCCAGGAAUUUAAAUUGUGAGACAUUGUUAUUUUGAAAUAAAAGUCAAACUAAUGUCUGUUUUACUGUGUGAUUUUCUGUGAUGUGCUUAUUUUGAUUUUAUAAAUUUUUGUUAAUUUUAUCCAAUUUUGUAUAUCCAACCAAUCAGGGUAUGAUCUUAAUAUUAAAAGAAAGUGUUUCAAGGCAGUUUUAGUCCACUGUGACACUGCAGCACUGACUUUCAAAUUGUGUUCAGUCUGAUUAGACACAUUGGACUUAAAAAUAUUGUCUUUUUGUGCAUUUUCUAGUUAAUAAUUUGGGAUUAGAUUUAUUGUCAAUUAUGAUUUGUUGUUUAACAAAUUUACCAAAGUUCAACAUACAAAGAGAAAAACAAUCAUAGUUUGUAUAUAAUCUUCAGUAUGUUGUUCACAUUUUUAUAUUUUUAAUGAAGUACAAUGCUCUCUCUGAUACGCUUUCGAUUCAUAUCUAUCUCUAUCUCUGUGUCUUUCUUUCAUUUUCUCUUUCAGCCAUAACAAAAUAUAUAAAUCUUUAUCAUAUUGUGGUGUAGAUAUCAUUUUAUUGAAACUGCAACAUAAAGAAAACUAAAGCAAUAUUAAGAACUUAACUUUGUACAUUGAGUAUAUCACAAGAAUAUUUAGACAUACGAUGCCAAACAUUAUCAGGCAUGUAUCAUAGUAAAAUAUAAAUACAGUUAUAACAUGAAGAUGCAGCAAAACAUUAUUGUUGUGAAAUAUAGGAAAUCUGCAAUGUGAAAACUUAAAUCUUCAGAGAUUCCAAGCCUACAUGAUUUCAGAAAACUAUAUGAUAGCAUAUCAAGAUCCGUUUCAUUGCAGUUGAUCUGUUGAGUUAUUUAUCCUGUGUAAGAUGACAGUCAACUGGUGGAAUAUUAUUGGCAUACUUUUAUCUAAAAUUCUAUCAGUAACAAACAGUUGAUUGAUGAGAAUCCAUAAAACAGAAAUAUGUUAGUCUUCAAAACUUUGAAACCUUCAUAGCACUUAUGUGAAUUACUUCCAUACCAUCAUAUACUCCUCAAUGAUAAUCAACAAAUUUCUCAUAAAAAUGGCAAAUUUCUUUGUUUUAUAGAAACGUUUAUGUCAAAUUUUUGAAAAAUUUGUGAAAUGUAUGGGAUGUAUAUUGUUGGGUAUAGCAAAUGUCAGCUGAUGCUGUCGAACAGUAGCAGACCAUAUAUGUGGUAGCAUGAUGAUGAUGAUGAUGAUGCUGAUGAUGAUGAUUCGCAAGUAUGGCUGAUUUUCAUCUUUGUGUUCAACACUCAAUCCAGUUCCACUGUGGCAGAUUUUUUGUUGGCCACUGAAGAGCCACAGAUAGGAUUCUUUGAAGUCAUUACAUCAGUGCACCUCUAAAUAUUUCCUGCCUUUCAUUCUGUUCUGCCAGAUACAUCUUAAUUCUACAAUUAUUUAAAACUUAGUAUGCAUCUGACAGUUGGAAGCCUUUAUUUUUUCAGUACUUCUUGAGAUAAGUAAUUUUUCUGCCUCAAGCUGGUUUUCAUUAUCAGUGAACCUGACUACAUCACUUCCAAAAGGUUUAUAAUAUUAGGUUCAUGUGUACCCCACAUCAGGUUUUGUGGGCAUCAGAGAUCUAUCUACUACCAUUUAUAUUAAACACAAAACUGAUUGCAGAUUAUCUCUUUACUUGCCCUCGGAAUACAUUUUGCCCACAUUGCCACAUUUGGCUUACCUUUUAUUCUAACUGAAAUAUAGUUUUCAACAAGUUUGCCUUUCACAUUUCUUAUUAAAAUCACCAUUCUGUAUCAGCUGCAUCAUAUUGUUGUCUGGUAUUGGAGUACCUGACCUAAUAUGUUGCAAAGCAAAGCAAUGCAAUCCAAUUCAAUGCAAAGACCUUUUUUAUGUGUGGGGCCAUAGCUGCAUUACAUUUCUUGAAAAACUUAUUGUCCUGCAUCAGGUUCCAUUUUGCCAGUGGCGUAAAGUGUUAUUUCAGAUAAAAAAUUGCCCGAUUCAGGAAAUUUGUUUAAAUUGUGAACAAGCAUUUUCAGCAUGACAUAAGUGAGAUGUAAACUGAAAAGUGGGGUAUAUUUUUGUACCUAAGCUAAGAAGGGUAGGCAGCAUUUAAUGGUUAUUAAUCCUAUGAGCAUCAAUAAAAUCAAAGUUUCUUCAAUGUUGCAGUUUUGAUAAGAAAUAAUAUUUUAUGUAACUAAAAGCACUGUAUUAUCAUUGUAAACAAUUUUAUUUUGCAAACAUGACAAAUACCCAGUAAGCUGUCUUCCAUGUUUUCCGUCCUAAGAUGCUACAUCAGAUGCCUUAUCUGCAAUAAAACUGAGGUGGAUAUGGGCCAAAACAUGAAAAUGUUUGAAGUUUUCACAGUCUUGCUUACUGGGUUUCUGUUGGUUGCAGAAUUUUCUUCACAUUGAAUUUUCCACUUCCAUUUGUUUUUUUUUGUAGUGAUACUCUUUUUAACAGUGAAGAUCAUGUUCAAAUACUCUUAAUUUCUGUGUUAUAUUUUACAUAUCUAAUCAUGGCUAGCUAUGUAUUGACUGGACCAAAGAACAUUUUAAAACUGUAUAGUAAGUGAAUUUAUUGGUGCUCAAGUACUUUAAGUAGGUUUUAUAGAGAGGUCAGCUUAGUAUUGUUAUAUCUACAAGCUGUAGGGCAGUGCUACAGAUCACAGUAAGAGUAGUUCUUUUUUAUGACAUUGUGGAAACAUGUUUGAAGGAACUGAGUGUUUUAUAUAACAUAGUAAUGGGGUAGAAACUUAUAGUACAGAUACCUGUUGACAGGUUUGGUGAAUUUUACAAAUAAAUCUGUCUUGUUAUGGAUUUGAAA